CAGAUGGUAGGACGCGUGGGUCUUCAUGCGCAUGCGCGGUCCAACAUGGCGACGUGAAGGGCGGACCCGCCAAGCCUCGCUCCCAAAAAGCUGAUUUAUCCUCCUAUCGUCGAGCGAGAUGGAGGACGGACUUCUUUCCUUGAAGUGGAACAACCACAGAUCCACUUUUUUCCACAUUCUGAGUGAAGUGCGGGGUAAACAGACGUACACGGAUGCCACGCUGGCGUGUGAGGGGAAGUUCUUCCCCGUACACAAGCUGGUCAUGUCGACGUGCAGUGACUACUUUGCCGAGAUCUUUGAAAAGACCCCGUGUAAGAACCCUGUGGUAGUGCUCAAGGACAUCAAGAAGUCAGACUUAGAGGCCUUGUUAGACUAUAUGUACAUAGGCGAGGUGGACGUGCGGCAGAGCGAGCUGGCCGGCCUCAUCAAGGCGGCGGAGUGCCUGCGCAUCAAGGGUCUGGCCGUGCCGGACGAGGACCCCACCAAGGCCCACAAGAAGGCCCCCACCAGUGUACCUGAGCGGCGGGAGGACAGCCCCCGGCCAAGCGGAAAAGACGGGACUCGGGGGCGACCGCGGGAGGGCCCCUUCGCCGCCCCUGCCCCGGGGGUCCUCCCAGUCUUCCUCCCACACUUCCACAACACCAGUGCCUAGUCAAGCACCCCCCUCCUCCAGUGUACCUGAGUCACAUGUGCCAUCCCAGCCCAUGCCCCCGCCGCCCUCCCUGGGCCAGGAGGCGGGGCGGUCGCGCUCCGACGCCCCGCCCGCCUCCCACCUCCACCACCCGCCGCUGU